AUGGAUUUAUGGGGUGGUACUCGAGAUGUUCUUCUUCUUAGCAUCGGGGCUGGCCAGAAACCAGAUGAAUCUGUAACCGGCAACAUUAAAGAAAUUGCCGCAAGGCUCGCGCAGCUUGUCACCGAUACUGAGAAAGCAGACCGGGAGCUCCAUGCAUCACAUGGGGCGAUGAUUGACGCAGGGCUUUUCUAUCGAUUUAACGUUGGUGGAUUGGCAAGGUUUGGACUUGAAGAAUACGAGCAAUUCUCGACUAUCUUAGCCGCAACGACUACUUAUUUGGAGGAGCCAGGCAACAAUCGGGAGAUGCUGCGUCUUCUUGUCAAAGCCCAGGGCACUUUCGAAGAGUUUCUCGAACUACUCUACGAACAUGUAUACGAAUAUAAUUCUUAUCGAGAGUCAUUACCAAAUCUGUUAGAGGGCACGGCAAACUGGGCACUAAAGAGCUCGAUCGAAAGAGCUCAACGGCUAAAUGCACCUGAGGAUGGUGCUGCCGUCCGCCAUUUCUUUUUCAAAGCUGGAAAUAUGGAGCAAACGCGAUGGAAAAAUGCCGUAUGCUCAUUGCUAUACCAGUUACUAGAAAAGCAGAGGUGUCUUUGUGAUUCUAUACUGCGCAAGUUCAGGGUCAAAGGCAAGCUCAAGCGCUUGCUUGAGGAUGAUAUACUACUAUGGGCCAACACUCUUUCAAUAUAUUUAGAGGGUGAGACGCGAGGAUACUGGAACAAAGGUUUUUUUAUUAUUGAUGGGCUAGACGAAGGCGAAACAGAGGGCGUCGACCAGGGACCGGCUGCUCUUUGUUUGAAAAAAUUUCUAUCCUACAAAGAGGAACAUGAAACCGCGGGACUUAGAAUUAUGAUAACUGAGCGCCCAAAUACGAACAUUCAGAAUAGAUUCUCGUUAUCUCUACUCAUAUUGAGGGGCGAAGAUGAAUCAGCCUCACUAGCCGCAGACAGCCUUAAGAUGAUUAACCAACAGACAGAAUUAUUUGGUCGAGAGCGCCACCUAUCGCCGCUAGUUUGCGAGCUUUUAAAGAAGAGAUUAAUCGCAGAUUGCGGCUCGAGUCUUCUCUGGGUAUCAUUGGCUUUCAAGGUCCUUUUUGACUUGAAUAACUACUUGACGAACUGGCCAUUUCUCGAAAAGACACUUGAUGAAAUAUCUGGAGACCUGAAAAAGCUCUACCUCUAUGCGUUGUCCCAUAGCCCGGAUAUUUUCAUCCCCAAGACGAUUCUAUACUGCAUUUUGGCCGCCUGGCGCCCACUAACACCAACGGAAAUUAAUACCGCCUUGAAUAUCGAACCUGGGGUCAAAACGAGGUCCCAACUACAAGAAGAGCGUUUGAUUUCGCAAAUCGAGGCCGUUAUAAGGAGCCAUUGCGGCGUUUCCAUUUCCAUUGCAAACGAAAAAAUUUAUCUAAUACACGAAACAGCUAGAAGGUUCUUGCUUGAUUGGGAACCGACGCCAAAUAUAAAUUGGGAACCCGUCACGAUGACCAGAGCACAUGGUAUUUUAGCCAAGAGUAGCAUACUAUAUUUACAACUGCCUGUGGGGGACAAUUUUUUGUUCGAUCCUCCAUACUUCUCAAAGUAUUGGAUGGAUUACGACUUGGAAUCAAGGAAAGUCACUGACGAUCCUGACACAGCUUGGGAUGCAAAAUAUCAGCUUUCUAUCUGGCGGCCACUCGACGAACAAGUCAUGGCACUAUGUGAUCCCAAAAACAAUGCCUGUAUCCGGUGGAAGUCUAGGUAUGGGCGUUUCAUUGACGCUGCAACAACAGACUGCUGGAUAUCGGUUAUCAUGGGCAUUAUUCGUGUCUGCAAUAGGGCGAAAAGCCCCGAUCGGUCCCCUCUGAACCGACUUCUGAAAAAGAUCUACGAACAUCAGGCCGUAGCACUCGCAAAGCUCUGUACUAAGUAUUAG